CCAAUUUCCUCUUCUUUCUUCGCAGCCCUUCACCACUAAAUGCCAAACUAUCUUCUGCAUUUUUUUUUUCUUUUGGAUGUGUGAGAUAAGUAAUGGAAACGGAGAGAUGAGGAUGAACAGAGAGGCGCUGGACGGGAUGAGAAGAAGAAGGGGACAGAACGGGAUCAGAGAGAAGGCAAUCGAUCCAGACAAGGCCUGGAUUCAAAACGACGCCGUUUAAAAUUGGAAGUCUUCUCCCGUCCUUGACUUUGACCUGCCUGACAUUUAAAUCCCCAUACUUUGUUCUGUUUCUCUCUAGUCUCCGCACAAUGAAACAUGCAUUUUAAA